AAUGCAGUAAGUGUCGUCCAAUUUUGUACUGAAUUCUAAUUCUGCCUGGAGUUGGGAGAAAAUGGAGUCUCUUCAUGAUAUUUACUCGGGCCUACCGUUAAGAGAAAGUUCGAUAAAUUAUCGUAUGUGUUGUGCAACAAAUGAUUGGAUUUAAAGUUUCCCGAAAAGUGUAUUUGGUUGGAUUCCUUAUCGGAUUAAAUCUGAAUGAUACAUCUAUCUCAUGAUAAAGCCUCGGAUUUCUUCCAACGCGACCAGCUUUCGGCCAGAGAAAGACUGCUGGGACUGAAAUUCUCCCUUCAUUGGAAUGUCGGGCUGCUCCAGGCUGUGGAGUUGCGUUGCUUCCAGCGCUAAAUUGAGAAGGCCCCACGUUCUUUCACUCUCGAAAUGUUAAACUAAUCACAACCUCGACAAGAAAACCCACGAAGUGAUCAAUAUGGUACAGAAGGGAGCCAGAGUGGUUUGGGCCAAGGGCAUCCUUGUGACCCCUCACAUGACUUGGAAUAGGAAUGAGUGUGAUCCCUAAAACACACAACAUGGAACGCCAGUUGGAAUCCUAUCAGUAGGAGCCAGCAACACAGACAUAAACAAAAACCUUGACCAAGAGAAAGAGAGGAGGAAACAUAAUCUCUCCUACUGGAGGGCCUUAUCUAUUUAGGUCACAGAGUUCCAGAGCAAGCUUACCAGUGUUGUGUCAGUUGUGGGUGUCUGUUUGGGUGUGAGUUCCCUAGGCUAGAUACUAAAACAGGGGAGUGUCAUGAGGCCCAAGACGUUCCCCGCUGCUCCGUAUGUGGGCAACACGCGCCAGCGCCUCCAGGAGAUCAAGGAGGGGCUGAAGCAGCCAGCCAAGCUGGUGAGCCAGGCCCUCCAUGGGGGCAGCUCCUGGGGUGAGGGGGGCCGCGGGACCGAAAGCAAGGGCAAAGACCCCGGGAGUCGCCAGCAGCAGCUCCGGCCCCCUCAGAAGUUCAACAACUACCAGAACGCUUUGAGAGAGAUUCGCAGGUCCCUCAUGCCCUUUGCCAAUGAGUCUGGCCCCUCUGCCUCCGCCCACCCUGCUGGAGACGUCAACCGACAGAUGCUGCAGGAGUUGGUCAAUGCUGGCUGUGACCAGGAAAUGGCGGUGCGGGCUCUGAAGCAGACGGGCAGCAGAAACAUCGAGGCUGCUCUGGAGUACAUCAGUAAGAUGGGAUACCUGGACCCCCGCAAUGAACUCAUCGUCCAGGUCAUCAAACAGACCUCACCAGGCAAAGGGGGCAUUCCAAACUCAAUGGACCACAGACCACCAUUGGAGGGAACAAGUGAGGGCGCCAUGCCUCCCUACCACCAGAUGGGGGCGCCAAUGUAUGAGGGUGCUGGUUAUGGGCCAGAGGGCACCUACAUGGGCACCUCUCCUGUUAUGAACUACAUGAUGCCCCCCUCGGUCGUGGUACAGGGCCCUGCCAUAGGUAACCCCAUGGGACGCCCUCUCAGCAUGGGAGCCUACACUCCAGCCAUGGCAGCCUACCCUCCAGCCAAUCCAGGGAACCCCAUGUAUACCCCAGGCACCACGCAGAAUGCCUAUCCAGGCAGUAUGGAGCAGGCCAUGAUGGGCUACAGCGUCCCCAGCCAGCCCCUGCAGCUCCAGCCCCAGGCACCAGGAGGCCCUGUCCCAGGUCCCCACUACGACUAUGGCCACGUCCGGCCUCACAUGUUGGAGCCCUCAAGCUACGGCGUGCAGAGGAGUGCCUCCUUCCAGAACAAGAUGCCGCCGCUGGCACCCGACAACUACGUCAACAUGCAGGGGAAAGGGGUCAUGGGCCAGAAUGGGGGAGGGUACCCUCCUAACAUGUACAUACCGCCCCACCCCCAGCAGUCCAGCCCAACCUCACACCAGGUCCACAUGAUGUCCCGCUCACCCGGUGGAGCCGCCGCUGCCCUGGGUCCAGAUUUCUCUGACCUGCUCACACCCUCUAGAGCCAGCCUUAACCUGGACCUGUACGAGCAGCACCAGCACCACUGGGCCGGUCCCCAGGGGCCUGAGGGGGCCCCUCCAGCCAGGCAGCCCCAGCCUCAGGGGCCCUUCCGGGGAGAGGUGCGGGUCCCCAGUAGGACCAACUCCUUCAACAACCGGUCAGUGCCCCCAAACAACGUCCGACCCACCCUGGUCACCCCAGCUCCCGGCAAGCAGGACCCGUCCCUGGGACAACCCAACACCAUCACGGCGGUGACUUCGCCCCCCAUCCAGCAGCCAGUCAAGAGCAUCCGAGUAAUGAGGCCCGAGCCGAAGACUGCUGUGGGGCCAUGUCACCCUGGCUGGUUGGCUGCUCAGGAAGCAUCUGAGCCCCUCGCCUACAUGCCUGAAGAGGCCUACUCUCUGGAGCAUGCCCAGGAGACCCGCUGUCCACCACCUCCCUACCCCAAAACCCUGCACAUGUCUGGGGCUGCUUCAGAGGCAGGGCCCCUGGAGGGACCAGGAGGAGCUAUGUGUGGAGCCCCAGACCUCAACACUCCUUCUAGGCCACAUGGUGGUAGUGGAGGAGGAAAGGCAGAGGAGAGCCAGGUGAAAGAGAAGACCAAGUCUGGGAAAGGAGAGAAGGCAGUGAAAAACAAGAAGCAGAUCCAGACAUCGCCGGUGCCGGUGAGGAAGAAUGGACGUGAUCAGGAGAAGAGGGAGUCGCGCAUUAAAAGCUACUCGCCAUUCGCCUUCAAGUUCUACAUGGAGCAGCAUGUGGAGAAUGUGAUGAAGACCCAUCAGCAGAAACUGAACCGCAGGCUGCAGCUAGAGCAGGAGAUGUCCAAGGCUGGCCUAUCAGAGGCGGAGCAGGAGCAGAUGAGGAAGAUGCUUAACCAGAAGGAGUCCAACUACAACCGGCUGCGCCGUGCCAAGAUGGACAAGGCCAUGUUUAUCAAGAUCAAGACGUUGGGCAUCGGGGCCUUCGGUGAGGUGUGCCUGACCCGCAAGGUGGACACGGGAGCCCUGUACGCCAUGAAGACGCUGCGCAAGAAGGACGUGCUCAACCGCAACCAGGUGGCCCACGUCAAGGCUGAGCGUGACAUCCUGGCGGAGGCAGACAACGAGUGGGUGGUCCGUCUGUACUACUCGUUCCAGGACCGGGACAGCCUCUACUUUGUCAUGGACUACAUCCCCGGAGGAGACAUGAUGAGCCUGCUGAUCCGCAUGGGCAUCUUCCCCGAGCCACUGGCAUGCUUCUACGUGGCUGAGCUGACGCUGGCCAUCGAGAGUGUCCACAAGAUGGGCUUCAUCCACCGCGACAUCAAGCCGGACAACAUCCUCAUCGACCUGGACGGACACAUCAAGUUGACCGACUUUGGCCUCUGCACUGGCUUCCGCUGGACGCACAACUCCAAGUACUAUCAGAAAGGGAGCCAUAUCAGACAGGACAGCAUGGAGCCCAGUGACUUCUGGGACGACGUGUCCAACUGUCGUUGUGGCGACCGGCUGCAGACCUUAGAGCAGCGGGCGACACGGCAACACCAGCGCUGCCUGGCACACUCCCUGGUGGGCACGCCCAACUACAUCGCCCCUGAGGUGUUGUUGCGCAAAGGGUACACCCAGCUGUGUGACUGGUGGAGUGUGGGAGUGAUCUUGUUUGAGAUGCUGGUGGGACAGCCCCCCUUCCUGGCCCCGACACCCACUGAGACACAGAUUAAGGUGAUAAACUGGGAGAGCACUCUGCAGGUGCCCCCGCAGAUCAAGCUCAGCCCCGAGGCUGUCGACAUCAUCGGCCGUCUCUGCUGCUCCCCAGAGGAACGUCUUGGGAGCAACGGCGCCGGCGAGAUCAAAACUCAUCCCUUCUUUGACCAGAUGGACUUCUCCAGCAACCUGCGCACCCAGCCCGCCCCCUACCGGCCCAAGAUUGCCCACCCCAUGGACACUUCCAACUUCGACCCAGUGGAGGAUGAAGGGGGUCCCGGGGCGUGGAGUGAUAGCGGAGACAGCACCCGGGCCUGGGAGACCCUCUGCACCCCACACGGGAAACACCCGGAGCACGCCUUCUACGAGUUCACCUUCCGCAGGUUCUUUGAUGACAACGGCUGCCCCUUCCGCUAUCCCAAGCCCCCAGAGACCAGCCACAGCCAGGGGCCUCCCAGCCACAGCGGAGCCAGCAGCAUGGGCCCUGAGGAGGAAGAGGAUGAGGAGGAGGAAGAGCAGGGGGAGGGCUGUGAGCCUGUGUAUGUGUAGAAGAGCCAAGACUGUUGGCUUUCUAAACCAUGCCCACCUCUCUCUUUCUCUCUCGCUGUCUCUCUCCAGCAAAUCAACACUCAGCACCUGGGACCCUGUCUGCCAACUUCCCAUCUACCACUGUGAAUGUAUGUUCAUGUGUGUGUGAGUGCCUCUGUAUAUGUGGUUUUGAGAGACUGAGAGCGAGUGAGAUACUGAGAACAGGACGGACUGACAUCUGUUCAACAAUUCAAGCACUACUGUGUGGAAUCUACAGCGUGAGCAGAGACUACAGUAAGAACCCCUGAUCUGGGACCAAGAAACAACUAACUGUACAAGGGCUAGGCAUGGGAUAAUGAUGCCAGAGGACUGUUAUGAAAAAAGACUCAUCAGAACAGGUAGUUCUUCUAAAAGGUUCCCACUGCACUGUGGAGGUUUACAAAAGUGUUCAGAUAAGAGUGUGACGCUGGGACCGUGACCAUGCGUGUUUCUAGUGGUCAUAGUGCUCUAUCCCAUUCCUUCCGCCCUGGGUCUUACAGAGAUCACUUCUUCCAGGUUGACCUUACCCCAUGAAGUAAACACAAACACUUGCUGUUUCAUGGGUUGCUUGUCUCUUCCUUUCUGAGACUUAGGCACUAGAACCAGUGUGUGCUUUGGAGACUGAGCUGGAUGUUAGGUUGGACUGGACUGAAUUAACUAGCGGGAAGAAUCAAAACGCAACACUUCUCACACAGCUGUGACAAAAUAAGCUACCAAAAUACACAUACACAUACACACUUUGCAGGAUGGUUGAACUACACAAUCUAGGAGGGGGCAAUGAGAUUGUCCUCUGCAGCUAGCCACCUGAAGUCCUCUAAAACCACAGGGUUAUCUUACACAUUUCUAUGUUGUUUGGAUGUCUGACAUGGCAGUCUAGAGAUUCCCCCAAGGUUAACUAGCUGUGUGUCUCCUACCUUCAACUUCACACACAUUCUUUUCCUCCAAAUAGGUGAUGUGGGAUGCCGCCAUCUUGUGGUUAGAGAGCCACUAUGUUGUUCCCUUACCACCCCUAAAUGAUUCUGUUUUGAGUGUCAGACCCAGGGGAAUGGAUGUGAUGGGGAAAUACUCGUAGGAACAACAACAAAUUCCUUUGUUUGACCAGCUGCCAGAUCCAUGGAUGAUAUUGUUAUUUGAGUCAAUCAAUUCCUUUCUCGGUAUUAUUAUGAUGACUAUGUUUUAUUGAGCUAGUUCUGAGGAAGGUGAACUACAAGUGUGAAUCAUUGCAUUGUUGUGGAUAUGGGUCGUGUGAUUACAUACAUGUUUGGUAAGCAGUCACACGCCUAUCCAUGUCUCAACACAACACAUACAGUACACCUGCUCUAAGACUCAUGUACUGUUUGGUAAGCAGUCACACGCCUAUACAUGUCUCAACACAACACAUACAGUACACCUGCUCUAAGACUCAUGUACUGUUUGGUAAGCAGUCACGCCUAUCCAUGUCUCAACACAACACAUACAGUACACCUGCUCUAAGACUGUCAUGUACU